AUGACCGCGGAAGAUGACCCGGAGGCAUACCUGGACAUCUUCGAGGGCACAGCGGAGGCGUGUGGGUGGCCGGAGGAGGAGAGAGCGCUUCGGCUUCUUCCCCUGCUCACUGGCGUGGCGCAACUGGCCGCGCACAGCCUGCCGGCGGCGGCGCGCCACGACUACACACAGCUGAGGAGAGUCAUCCUGGACCGGCUGGGCACUCAUGGACGCAGCGAGGCGCUGGCUCCAGCCGGGGACCCACCUGGAGCAGUUCAUCGCUGGGUUACCAUCGUCCACAGCCAAUUGGGUCCAGUGCCACCGCCCGGCCAACAUCGAGGCAGCGAUCGUCCUCGCGGAGGACCAUCUCUCUCUUCCCCGGCGGAGCAUGAGGGAGGAGACCAGGCCAGCGACGAUCCCUGCCAGCCGUCCCACUCCAGCCCCGAGGAGGAGGUUCCCAGCGGCAUCGGCUCCUACACCACACCCAAGCACACACACACACACACACACAGCCGGAGCAUGCAUCGCUCCGGUCGUCUAAUUACCCUCUGCCGUCUUUCCCUCAGGGCCCAGCCUACGUGUCUGAUCACCUGGCACCCCGGGGGGCUCCUCAGACGCCAGGGCAGGUGUGCUGGCGGUGUGGGCAGCCCGGCCACAUCAGAGCGGAGUGCCCGCUCAUGGAAGUGGGGCAAGUGGUUCGGGUUGCCGGGCCGCCGGCCCCCUCCCCCGGUUCGGAAGGGACGUACCGUAUACCGACCGACGCCUCGAACAGCGGGCUGGGGGCCGUUUUGUCCCAGGAGGUGGAGGGGGUCGACCGCCCCGUACUGUACAUUAGCCGGAAGCUAGCUCAGCGGGAGGUGAGCUACAGUACGGUGGAGAAAGAGUGCCUCGCCAUACGGUGGGCGGUCGGUGCCCUCCGCUACUAUCUCCUGGGGCGCCCAUUCACCCUCUGGUCGGACCAUGCCCCGCUCCAAUGGCUCCACCGCAUGAAAGAUGCCAACGC